UCAGUCUUUAAUUGUUUUCUCUGAUGGAGGCUGUUGCGGAUGGUGCUCCAACUCGAAGGGCGCAGAAGUGCGCGUCAAGUGGGUCUGGCGCUGACAACCGCGGCGGAGCAGCUGCAGACAGAGACACGGAGACGGAUCCACUCAUGACUGGACUUCUACACCACGAACAGGAUGGUUCAUCGUAAUGAAAAUGCCUUUUACUCGCUGUGGUAGUUUUGACAUUCUUACUUGGAUAGUUUUUGCUUCUUCGCUGCUUCUAAUAGGUGGUGCGUCCCCUGACAAUCUGUCUCAGACUCCGGACCCCUGCCUCCCAAACCCGUGCCAAAAUCAGGCAAUAUGCAGAACUCGUGGGAACGGCUACUCCUGCUUCUGCGUGCCAGGUUUCCAGGGCGCUCACUGCCAGAUAGACGUGAACGAGUGUGCUUCACAGCCCUGCAGGAACGGAGCCACCUGUGUGGACGGAGUGGGACGGUUCUCCUGUUUGUGUCCUCCUGGAUUCACAGGAACCACUUGUGAGCUCCAGGUCGACGAGUGUCAGUCACAGCCUUGUCUUCACCGUGGCACUUGUGUUAACCACGCCUCAGGCUUUUGGUGCAUCUGCCAUGUUGGUUUCCAAGGAGACCGAUGCGAAAUCGACACAGACGAUUGCCAGGAGCAGCCAUGCCAAAACGGGGCUCUGUGUGUUGACGGGGUGAAUGAAUACAGCUGCGACUGCUCACACACAGCCUUCACUGGGCUGCACUGUGAAACGCUGCUGCCACAAUGCAACUCUGAUCCCUGCUUCAACAGCGCCAUCUGUAAGGACAACCAGGGUAACUACACCUGUGAAUGUUGGCCUGGGUUCGAGGGCCGUAACUGUGAGAUAGACAUGAACGCGAUCGAGUGCAGCAGUAGCAGCAGUCUGUGCAUGAACGGUGGCAGGUGCCUGCAGAGGUCAGGGCAGGAUCUGUACGGCAGCGAGCCUCUGCUGCCUGAACGCUACGAGUUCGCUGCAGGCUACAUCUGCAUCUGUCCUCCAGGAACAGCAGGUUCCCACUGCCAGGAAGUGGUGAACCAGUGCGAGUCCAGUCCCUGCCGGAACGGGGGCCGAUGUGAGAGCCUCGAUGGGGGCUUCACCUGCCACUGCCUCAAACAGGCGCGUGACGGCGUUCUCUACGGAGGUCCGAACUGCGACAUGAAGUUAGUGGGCUGUGAAGGUCAUGAAUGCCAGAACGGGGGCUCCUGCUCUCCGUUCCUGCUGGACGGGACUCACGGUUACACCUGCUCCUGCACAUCCGGAUACUCCGGACCGCUCUGCUACACCCCGACCACGUUUUCCUUUGAGCGCAGAGGCUACCUGUUGCUUCACAACCCCCUGGUGAACGCUGACCUGACCAGCAACAUCACGCUGAGCUUCAAGACCGUUCUGCCGUCUGCAUUGUUGUUCCAGAGGAACAUCGGGGGGCUGGUGCUGCAGCUUUGGCUGGACCGGGGUGAGCUGUUUCUGAUGCUGUGGAGCGAGAAAUCUGACGGAGAGAUCGACAGUCUGGGGCUUCCACAUAAUGUCACGGAUGGACAGUGGCACACUGUGGAGGUUGUGCUCACAAACGAGAUCCUGAGCCUUAGAUUAUUCGAUGACGCUGGAAGCUGUGGGAGCCAGUCGUGCCACACGGUGAAACCAGUCCAAACCAACCUGACAGAGCUUGAGACUUCCCCUCAGGACACAUUUAUAGGGGGGAGCCUCAAAAACCCAAGUUCGUUCAGUAGACAGGUUAGUUUGCCCGUGUUCAUCGGCUGCAUGCGUGAUGUGUUCGUAGACUGGCAGCUCGUUGUUCCAGAGGAAUGGCUGAGCGACUCUGCGGUUAACGUGUCGCCCGGCUGCAGCCACAGGGACCGCUGCCGGGACGAGCCGUGCCAAAACGGAGGCCGGUGUGUGAACCUGUGGCAGAGCUACCAGUGCCAGUGCACAAGGCCUUACGAGGGGCACGACUGUGAGGAGGAACAUGUUUCUGCUCGCUUUGGGAAUGAGGACUCUCACAGUUUUGCGGCCUUCGCCAUCAACGACGAUCUGGGUCAGAACCUCUCCGUCUCCCUGUUCCUGCGCACGCGGAGGCCGAACGGACUCCUGCUGCUGCUCUCCAACAGCAGCAGCCCGUACCUGCACAUGUGGCUGGAGGGUGGCAGGGUCAAAGUUCGUCUCCAUAACUCUGAGAACGUGAAGGCACAAAGAGCCGUUCAUGAUGGAGAGGUCCACUUUGUAACUGUGGAGGUUCUGGAUGGUCGCAUGUCGCUGUAUGUAGCGGGGCAGAAGCAAGGCGAUGUGGAGGGAAGGACUGUAGAUGUGAGCGCAGGCGAUGCGGUUUUUGUUGGAGGUCUGGCGGAGAAGAGAAGCACCUCAGAGUUUGGUGGAUUUUUCAAAGGCUGCAUCCAAGAUUUGAGGAUCGGCGACACGAAUCUGCAGUUCUUUGGGCCGGACGCUUCGCUGACAUCACAUCCUCUUGAGCACAUACAAAAUGUGAUUCAGGGCUGCCCUGGAGACAACGCCUGCAGUAGAAAUCCGUGUUUAAAUGGGGGCAUUUGCUUCUCUGGGUGGGACGACUUCACCUGCACCUGCCCCGGCAGCACAGCAGGGCGGCGCUGUGACGAGGUGAAGUGGUGUGAGCUGUCGCCAUGCCCCACACCUGCAGAGUGCAAGAUGCUGCAGCAGGGAUACGAAUGUUACUCCAAUGCAACUUUUCUAAACGACAGCACUGUGAUGACCUAUCGGGGAAACGGCCACAUAUUCCGAAACAUCACCAGCCUGUCUCUGAACCUUCGCACACGGAAGCGUAACGCAGCCAUCCUGCAUGCGGAGAAAGGUUCCUUCUUCGUCACGGUUUCUGUUCAGGACGGCCUCCUCUUCAUGGAGCUCCAGAGCUCCUCUGGGCGCCUCAGAGGCUCGGAGGAGGAGCAAGAGGAGAGAAGAGAGGAGAGGGUGUCGACGGUGAGCCUCAGCAGCAGGAGGAGCAUCACGGACGGCGAGUGGCACGCCGUCCAUCUGUUCAUGACGGCGCCGUGGGCUCAGUCGUCUCGCUGGACUUUGGUUCUGGAUAAUGAGAUAGAGGAAGCCAGCCUCUCCAGGAGCCAGGGCAGCAACCUGAACUUCCUCAGGGAAGGGGUGGAUGUCUACCUGGGCGGCCUGGCUCCGUUCACUGGCUGGUCCCUGGCCGGCUGUCUGGGAACAGUGGAGCUGGGCGGCAUCGCUCUGCCGUACUUCAGCUCCUCGGAGGUGAACCUCCCACGCCUGCAGGUUGAGCAGUUCAUCCAAAAGUCCCCGAACCCGGCGCUGCCCGGCUGCAGAGGCGCCUCGGUGUGCGAGCCCAGCCCCUGUCUCAACAGCGGCCAGUGCCAGGACCUGUUCAACACCUACAACUGCACUUGUGCUGAGGGCUGGGCCGGCAGACGCUGCAACGUCCUGGUAGACACCUGCGCUUCGAACCCCUGUCUCCAUGGCAACUGUAGCAUCAACGGGCUCAGCUACGAGUGCACCUGUGAGGUCGGGUACACGGGUGUGGACUGUGAGGAACAGGUGGAUGUGUGUAGGAACCACCUGUGUGCUAAUGGAGCCACCUGCCUCCAUGGGCCGGAUAAAUACGCCUGCCUCUGUGCCGAGAACUACACCGGCCCGCUCUGCAGCGAACGCGUGGAAGAACUUCCUUGGUACAUCGUUGUCAGAAAAAUCACGCCCAAGCUGCCUGUUUCUGUGUGUGGUGAUGAGAUCAGGAACUACACCUGCUUCAAUGGAGGGAACUGCACUGACCGGGAGCUCUCCUGCGACUGUCCUGCAGGAUUCAUUGGACACAGGUGCGAGCAGGAUGUGGACGAGUGCAAAUCCAACCCGUGUCUGAACGGCGGCUACUGCAGAAACCUGGUCAACAGGUUCGUCUGCGUGUGCGACAUGAGCUUCGCUGGAGACGUGUGCCAGACGGACGCUGGACGACGGGCCAGAGGUGGACUGGGGAGCAAACGACUGACUGUGUGUGAGUGAGUGUGGAAGGGCUGUGAAGAUCUUUGAGACGCUUUAGGAAAAUGCCUGCAUUUGAAUGAGUAACUGUCAGGGAUGUCUGGGAUGAGAAUGGACGUUUAUUUUGGCUGGCACCGAGAAAGAUUAGGGACGUCUGUGGUUUGAUUUCUGGGACUGCAGAGUGAUUCUGUGCCUUUCAGAUCAGCAGCACUUUAUUUAUAGUCGGUGCUUAUGAAACUUGUUUUGUUUGUCCAUGAAAGGAUGAGCACAUAUGUCCUGAUUCACAGACGCUGUCUUGCUUCUUCUGCGCCUCCAUUUCAGUGUCUAAAUCACAAAGCAAGUAGCUCUAAAGAGACACUAAAGCUAAAAUGCUCGUCAGGUUCUUGGUCAGGAUGCAGUCGCUCAGUAAAGAUGUUUACUUUAUGUAAGAUGGCAUCAAAUCUUAUUCACAGAUUUUGACUUAACUGAUUUUUCUUUACUACUCUCUGAAUGUAUUCCUUAAACAUUAAAUUUAUCAAAUUUGUCAGAAAAUUGUGCACUUAUCUGGCAAUGUCUUAACAAAUUACAAAAUUAGUUUGCAAGAAUUUCAGGUUCUCCUCACUUGUCUUAUGAAUUAUUAAAAAAAAAUGCAGUACAGUAAAUGUGGGCACCGUUUCCUCUAAAGGCAUGCGUGACACCAGACUGCAUCGUUGCAGGAGAGAGGCUUUUUGCUGACAGUGCAAAUAUUCCGUUGCAGACGUUUUGUGAAUUCGAUGCAAAAGGAGAGCAGUGCUUUAGUGAAUCAGGCCCUCUGUGUGCAGCUGGAUCACUGGUUGAUGUUUGUCAGUGUCAGUAAUCAGAAUGUUGUGAAAUUAAGUAGACAAAUAUGAGCAAAGUUUUAAAGAAAUGCAUCAAAGGUUUGCACAGUUGGUUCAGUUUGAUUUGCAAUCUUCAAAAAGUAACGCCAAACCCAACUUGCUUCCUGCGAGGUUACAGGGAUCCAGAGAUGUCCAAAACUUUUUCCUUUUGUUGUUCAGGCUUCACCGAGAGCCGAGUUCUUUAAAGAUGCUGCUGCAGCGGUGAAUUUGGUUUUCAGCAACGUACAGCUGUAAUGAAAACACGGCUGGGAAUGAAGUAUGGUUCUCUGCAAAAGGAUUUAACAAAAUCUAAACUUUAAAGGUGGGCAGAACUGGAAAGAAAAAAAACAACAACAACAAAAAACAAAUUAUUUAGAUUUGUGUGUAUUUGGGUCGAUGACAUCACAGGAGGCUCAAGUAUUGAGAUGCUCAGCAGGAAUGAAUUAAUUUCUACUUUUGAAUGUGGAAUUUGAUUAAAAACUUGUAAAUAAAAAGGGAACAGAAACAAGGAGGCAAAUACAGACUUACUGAACAGAACAGGAAGGUUUGGCGACUAGAAGUUUUACAGCAAAACAAAACAAAAAAACCUGACCAUAACUUGUUCUGUAGGAGUCAAGCUGUAUAAUGACCUUCAGCAGGGAGGUAACUUAGAGAAACUAACAAAAGCGACAAAGAAUAUUUGUUGCAUUAUUUGAGGAUUUUAAAUUAGAAAUAGUCGUUUACUUUGUUAAUGAUCACCUUGAACUUUCUGGCAGUCUGUUUUCCGCCUGUCCAAUGACGUAAACGUCUUAAGUUACGAUGUAAAGAGAAGCACGCCCUGCGUUCAGAAAACACAUUUUUAGGGAGCUGAGGAAUGAUACAAAAUCCCAGUUAUUUAUACGAUACCCACUACCUGAUAAGCUGUCAGUCUCGUCUGAACUUUGGGGUUUGGAAGCUGUGUACGGAUGAAUUUGUGAACUCUGAAAAACAGAGCUGUAGCUACAAAAGCUCCUGGAGGGCCCCGGAUGUCUCGCUUGUUCUUGAUGUGCGUUCAGAGCAGCUCGUGACUGACUGACUGCUGAGUGUUGUUCUGCACCAAAGAAGAAGUUUUCUGCAUCUAAACCUUUCUGUCUGAGCCAAAGAUAUUUUGAGUUACUAAAUUCUCGGCGGCUCUGGUUCAGCCGUACGUUUAGAAGUGUUCCUGCGCGGCUGUGGUCAGCGCCGAAGCAAACAUGGACGCUUUCCGUGGUAGAUUUCAUGUGUGGUUUGAAUUUUAGGACGUCACGAGGGUACGAGUGUAACGUCAUGUUCGUCAAUCAUAUUCUGUCUGUGUGUCCCGUCUUUAUCCAUCUUCUGUGUUGUUUAAUAAAACAAAAUCAAGAAAAAUUGUUUUCUGUCCUCUUUUAAUGUCUUCACUCAUUUUUUCUGCAUUUUCAAAACAAUCUGCGAUGAACACCAAAAUCAGCUCAUUGAUUUUCUUCCUGUUAGCCAUUGUGUGUGUGUGUGUGUGUGUUUACUGUUCUCAGGUGUACACCAUGACAUCAAAGAUAAACAGUUAAUCCGUUUUAACAAGAUGUUGAUCCCAGAAUAGCGCGGGUUCAGACGCACGCUGCCGACACGCACAGCACACAGUUAGGAAACACUUUAUCUCUUCUCUCUGUGACGUUACAGCAACGAACUUUAGCGCAUUUGAUAUUUUCUGUGUAAGAACUCAAAAUAGGAAUUGUAAGAAAAAUUACAUAUAGUUUUCAACACUUUUCUACAAAUAAUGAUCUGAAAAGUGUGCAGUGUACCUGUCUUUACCCAUAAAUCCAGCGCCAAAAUUGCAAGCGUGAGUGACUUAAUUAGAAAAAAAGGGUCCACCAUAAGAAGUCCUGUUUGUAGUUUGCACAACCAAUGGAGAAAACAUGAGAGAUCAAAACAUCAUUUUAUAUUUAGAAAUUACAUAAUCAGACGGUCUAAGAAUAUAAAGUUAUUUGGACAUUUUGGUAUCUUAUAGACCAGAAUAAUAAUAAAUAGUAUAAUUACAAAUGAACAAAACAGGCAAAAGAAACAUUUUUCAAUUUAUUUCAAUAUAAAACUUAUGAAACUUUAACACAAACUGCAGGUGUCUGUCUGUCUGGUGAAUUUUUGGCUGGAAGGAGUUUGUUCUCCAUUCAAUGAGUAGAGAAUCCAGAAGUUUUACUCGAGUAAGAGUAGAGAUACUACAUAAUAAAACUACUCAAGUAAAAGUAAAAAGUACAGAGUAGUAAAAAUACUUCUAUUUCUUCCAAGUAAAUGUAACUCAGUAAGUGUAAGUAGUUACCACAGGAUGUGAGGAUUUGUUUCUUUCGCACACGAAGAUGGAUGUUGCUAAACUUUGGGACAAUCAUAACAGAACCUGUUAGUGGAAGUUCUUGUUCCUGCAGGACGACGACCCUCAACAUUCAGCCAGAGGUAAAGUGAAACGGUUCAGAUCAAGAUCAUGGAUGGCCUCAAGGGGCCGCUUGUGGAAGAACCCAUAAACAAAACAUUUAAAUAAAUAAAUAUCCGUCGUCACUCUUUAGUAUUUCUCAGAAUUAGAUAAUAUCGAACAUAUUUUUACAUUGAUGUAGUUUGGCAGCAUACAGAUAAAAAAAAAAAACUUUGGUUUGACUGAUUGAAAUAACAUUUAAGCACACGACUGUUAUCUUGAUUGUUCUAUUUAUGAGUUCCUCUGGAGUCUGGAGGGCCACAUAAAAAGUUAUGGCUGGCCGGAUUCGGCCCCAGAGCCUCGGGUUUGACACGUGGUUUAGAUUAAUGCACAUUCAUGUGUUAGAAUGGCCCAGUCAAAGUCCAGAUCUAACACCAAUUAAGAAUCUGUGAGAAGUGAUGAAACACACAAACCAACAGAAAAUGGAAAAAAAA